AUGGCAAAUUCGAAGUACGAAUAUGUGCGCCUCUUUGAACAACCUGAUGCGCUGCUUCCCAACACCUGGAUCGUCGUGCGCAUCGAUGGACGAGGUUUCCACAAAUUCAGCAAGAAAUAUGACUUUGAGAAGCCCAAUGACCGCCGCGCUGUUGACCUCAUGAACGCAGCCGCUCGCGGCGUCAUGCAAGAGCUGCACGAUCUCGUGCUUGCAUACGGCGUUAGUGAUGAAUUCAGCUUCGUGUUCCACCCCAGCACGACGCUGUUCGAGCGCAGAGAAAGUAAACUGGUCAGCACUAUUGUGAGUACAUUCACGAGCUAUUACGUGUUCUCGUGGGGGAAAUAUUUUGAGGGUGUGGAUCUGGCACCGCCAUUGCCGACUUUUGAUGGGCGUGCGGUGUGUUAUCCCAGUGUGGGCAAUCUCAGGGAUUAUUUGAGUUGGAGACAGGUUGAUUGUCAUAUUAAUAACUUGUACAACACGACGUUUUGGAACUUGGUGCAAAAGGGUGGGAUGAAUACGACGGAUGCGGAGAAAGAGCUUGCUGGCACGGUAUCGGCAGACAAGAAUGAGAUCCUAUUUUCGCGCUUUGGUAUCAACUAUAACAAUGAGCUGGAUGUUUGGAAGAAAGGGAGUGUUCUUUUUCGAGAGGUCGGUCUCUCAACUGAGCCUUCGACUGCAGUCCCAGUCCCUGUGACCAAGACAGCCAUCAAUAAGGAUGCGAAGCUGAAGAAGAAAGCACAGGUUAUAAUCAUGCACACCGAUGUGAUCAAAGAUGAGUUUUGGCAAAGGCGGCCAUGGAUACUGAGUGGAAAGGCUGGCAAUCUGCUGACUUGA